CCGCGCUCCCGCCGCCGGGCCUGCGCGCUCCCGCGGCCUUCAGGGACCCCCGGGCGAGCUUUACGCUGCGCGUAAUAUGCCCGAUACGGAAUUUAACGUAUUUUUCCGCGUUUCCCGUGGCAGCUAGCGAGAAAGCGGCGUUUAGGGGGCGAGCGGCCUCCCGGCGGGUACCGUAGGGGAUCCGCAGUGACAAGGCGGGGAGGUCCCUCCCCGGGGGCUGCUCCGUAACGGCUGGGUUCGUUCCCGCCUGUAUCUAUACCCGCUACGAGGCCAGGGCCAGGCCCCGCUCCUUUGAAAUACACAAUGAUCGCUUUCCUCAUUCUUUUUUCCCCUGCUUUCAGUUCAGUUAGUACACAUUUUUAUUUCCCGGUAUUUUUUAGUUUUCUAAAAACUGGCCUCCGAGCAGUACUAGAGGAACACCACAGCCACAGCACUACAGUCUUACACCAUGUAAGGUGUCGGAUAAAGAUGAACAGCAUACCCUUUGGUAACCUUUGAGAAAAAGAUGCCUUGGCUUUUGAGGCUGGUGCUCCAAUACAGACACCUUGGACCUGUUAAUUUCUUCUGUCGUGAUGUCAGGCUCUGUGUUCAUUUUUCUGUAUAUCUCUUUACUUAAAAAGUUACUCCUGGAGUGUAACAGUAGCUGUGAGAAUCUCUACCCUGCACCCCGAAGAUUUCCAGCACCCUGCUAUUUUAAUUUUAGAAGAACACCAGAUCUUUUGUCAUUUUGGUCCCCCAGAAACUCAGAAUCAAAAGAAAAAAACAUAAACCGUUUAGACGUCUAAUGCGAUUCACCGUUUCGUGCUGUGAUGGGAUUGGCUCAUCAGAAUGAUUCACCUAUUUUUACUUUGAAACAGAGACAAGAUUUUCACACCGGAGUCUAGGGAGACUCGACAAAAGAUGCCUUCGUUACUUCCGAGGGUCUCAGCGUCAGCUACCCCACUGCAGAUACCACCGUAACCUGCACAAUACAGACAGACCUGUGCUUGCUCAGAUGGGUGGAUGUGAAUUUCAGAGAGAUGCUUCUGGAAACAGCACUGCUCAGGAACAUACAGAAAGCUGUGUAUUGGAAAUUAGGACUCCUGGGUUUCCCAGAGCUCAGCAUAUUCUUGAAACAAAGCUCCAGUAGGAGAGGAUUGCUUUUAAACAACUCGCGCCUGCUGUGUCGUGUCUGGAGUUGGAGCUGAACGGAGCCGCUGGGAGGGCACGUGUGACAGGAGCCACAGUUGCAGGUUGGAGGGUGCCAGCUGCCCCAGCUUUCAAGGACUUGCCAGUGUCAGCAGAGUGUGUACAAGCCCACCCCACCGAGUAGAUUGAGUCAGCCCGGCCACCCUAUACAGCAUGUCCCUCCGCGAGCAUGCACUGUCCCUAUUCCGCAGCGCGGUGGGCACCGUCCAGCCGGCUCCGAUGCUGAAGAGGGCUGUGAAGCUCCAGGGAGACAGGUGCCCUCAGCUGGUGGUGAAGGGCCAGGCCUUUCCAGUGAAGAGGGACCUGUACCUGGUGGGUUUUGGCAAAGCUGUGUUGGGGAUGGCUGCGGCAGCAGAAGAGGUCCUAGGAGACCACCUCAUUCGGGGGAUCAUCAGUGUGCCACUAGGCAUUCAGGAGAGCCUGCAGCGAGCAGGAAUGCAGGAGAUGCUCCUGAAGCCAUGCAGCAAAAUCCAGGUCAUCGAAGGUGCCAAGAACAACCUCCCAGACUCAGAGGCUCUGAAGGGAGCAGUUGCCAUAAAGGAGCUGGCUGAGGGCCUGACUGCAGAUGACCUGCUCCUUGUGCUCAUCUCAGGGGGUGGAUCAGCCCUACUGCCUGCUCCCAUCCCUCCCAUCCUCCUUGAAGAGAAGGAGACACUCACAAAGAUGCUGGCUUCCCGAGGAGCUGCCAUACAGGAGCUGAAUAUUGUCCGGAAGACUCUGUCCUUGCUGAAGGGUGGAGGGCUAGCCCGGCUCGCAUAUCCUGCACAGGUGGUGAGCCUCAUCCUUUCUGAUGUUAUUGGUGACCCCCUGGACAUCAUAGCAAGUGGGCCCACUGCUGCCAGCUCCCACAGUGUCCAAGACUGCCUUCAGAUACUCACCAAAUACAACCUGCUGCUCAACCUGCCCAAGUCAGUGGAAACGGUGCUGUCCAGCUCUCCCUCCAAGCCCACUGCUCCAGAAGACUACUCCCACGUUUGCAACAUCAUCAUCGGAUCAAACACGCUGGCUCUAGACGAGGCCAAACGCCAAGCCGAGGGCCUGGGCUAUGCCACUCUGAUUCUGAGCACAGCAAUCUGUGGUGAAGUCAACCGCAUCGCCACGCUGUACUGCCAGCUGAUCCGGCUGGUCUGCCUGGGCUUCACCGGCCUUGGAGAAGGGCCCCUGAGUGACAAGGUGAGGGGGAAUCUCCUGCAGCUGGCUGCAGAGCUAGAGAUCCCGGGUUUGAACCUUGCCGAGUUUCUACGUGCCCUGCGAGGAUUAGGGCCUGAAAGACCAGUUUGCAUCCUGGCCGGUGGAGAAACCACAGUUCAGCUCCAAGGUACUGGCAAGGGAGGGAGGAACCAGGAGCUGGCCCUUCGUGUGGGGCUGGGGCUGCACAGGGCACAGGCCAUGGAGACCAGCAGCCCCCCAGGCAGGUGUGACAUUGUCUUCCUCAGCGGGGGAACGGACGGGCAGGAUGGGCCGACAGAGGCGGCAGGGGCCUUCUGCAGCCCGGAGCUGGUGGAUGAGGCGCUGCAGGAGGGCCUUGAUGUGGAGGCCUUUCUCAGCAACAAUGACUCCUAUACAUUCUUCAGCCAGUUCCAAGGUGGGCAUCACCUCCUGGUGACAGGUUUGACAGGCACCAAUGUCAUGGACAUCCAGACCAUUUUAAUUAGAGCCACAGAGAGAUCAUGAGAGCUCCCUCUGCAGAUAUCCAGAUGCAUUUAAUUAGGAGCAGGGGUAAAUGAAGUCAUCAACACUGCAGUCAAAUACAAACUACUUAAAUUAGGGCUCGCUGUCAAGGGUGCUAAUACCUUUGACAGAAAGAAUCCACUAAUUAGACACGAGUGGAUGUCCACAGCAAAAGCAAGCACUUGUAAUUGGGAUCAGAGGAAGGUAAGAAAGAGGUCACAUUACAGGCAUGAAGGACAUAUUUAACACUUCUUCUGAGAGCCACCACACUUGUGACUGCUUCAACUAUAGUUAAAAGAUGUGGGGAAGUAGAGGCCAUGGUAGGGCUGCCAGGGAGAGCCCUCACUGUGGCUGUUGCACCCCCAGUGACCCCAGCUCAAGAGCAGCUCGGCAGUGGGCUUUUGCAGGUUCACAGGAGUGCAUUACAGUGCCUGAAGGAUGUAAAACCAAUAGCAAGGCCUGCCCAGCUGGAGGCAUGGAGGUGCUGGGGGGACGUGGUGGGAAGGGGACACCCAGCACCUGCUCCACACACCAGCGCAGUGCCCUGCAGCUCCUACCACAGCAGGGUACCCGAGGCGACAUAGGGGCCCCAAGACCAGCAUGAUGCACACCCAGCAGCGUGGCUAAAGAGCACGUUGGCUGAGAGACGCACUUGAUACUGGUUGCGUGAUACAAAAGCAGUGCAUAGUGACAGUGACACAGAGGGUGGUAAAUAUCCACUGUGCAGCAUAAGAAGGGGGAUGAUUGAGGUGCAGUGGCAAGCCAGCUGAGUGGAGCCCUUCUCCUCCAGCCUCCUUCCCUCCACAGGGACAUCUUCCCUGCUGAUCCCUGUCAGGAGACCCUCCAUGCCAGCAGUGUGUACGCUAUGAGCUUUCAGGCUGUUGUUUUCCAACUGCCCAGAAAACAGUCGUGCAUCCAGCCUGAGCCACUGACCUUUCUUCUACGCUGAGGCAGAAGUCGCUGUCACUCUGAUUAACUCUGCUAAUUCCACAGAACAAAAGGCAAGGAAACCUUCACACUCAGCUCUCCUGACCCAUGCUGCUGAGCUGAUCAAAGGGCAAAGCUGCCAGAGCUGUGCUUUGACAGGGAGCUGCUCCCCAGCAUGUAUAAGGAUGCAGUGGUUAUUGCAGUUUCGUCACCUACUGCAGUGCAAUAUGUGGGAGAGCAGAGAUGAGCCGAGUUUCCCAGGACGUGGAGCCCACAGUGGAGCUGGUUUUCAGAAGGGCUCUGCCUGUAGCAACAGGCACGGUGACGGUUUUGGCUAGAUAUUAAAGGACUUCAGCUCAGCAGCCAGUAUGACCCAACACGUCCAACUCCUUUUGAAUAUCUGCCUGUUUGUUACAGAGCCUAAAUGGGAGCUGAGCUACUUUGAAAAUCCAGCCCUAAUUUAAUAGGACACGCUUGACUCAGACUCUUUCCAGACAGACCGACCUACUCCGUGUGGCUGAUCUCAUCUCGUGACAUAAAUACACCGUCCUGCCAACACCAUGAGUCGUGGUGUCUCACUGAACAGCUGUUCUGCGCCCAGCUCCAAGAUGGAUCGGAGGGUGGAUUUUUGAGGAGGAUGCGACACCUCCUGCUUUGGUUUUGAAGCCAAUAUCUAACAAGAAGUGAUAUCAGCAGGACCGUCAUGGGGCCCGGUAUCAAUGCCAGGCUGGCAGCUGGACUGUCUGGGCCACAGCCCAGGCGUAGUGUCAAGGCACGAGCCUGGGGAUUUCAAAACCCUGGUCUUACCCCAGUGGUUUAAACUCAUCCACGCAUCUCAUUUGUCCUCUGAGUCUGAAGGUCUUCUCUAACAUGCCUGAACUUGCUCAUGCUGGCAAACAGCUUUGAGAUCUGCUUGGGAAAACCUGCCAAGCGUUACAAAGCUCGCUGUGCCCCCGUAACGUCAGGUGGCAGUUGCGCAGAAGCUGCUUUGUGCCGUGCAUUUUUCUCGGGAGGUCGCUAGCAGGUCGCUGGCAGGUCGCCUCCUCCACGCCCGGCAUGCCAGCACUGCAGGGGCACUAACAUGAGCAGUGAUACAGCCAAAAAAUAUGGGCUGCGGCCAGGAUAAUUGGCUAAAGCUGGCUCCAAAAUGUUGUUAAUGCUUCCUGUCCGAUUCCGCUCCAGUGAAAUCCAGAGUGACUCCAGUUUUGGGCUGGGGUGCCUGGCAGAAGGGUCACUGGCAUCUUCAGCAGCCUGGGCAUGCUGUCACAGGCCCACCAUACCCCUGCGCUCUGCCCACAGACUGCCACACUGCUCAGCGCCGUGCUAGUCCUUGGAGCUGCUGCUCGUGCUGCGUUGCAGUCAAGUUCGGAAGACCUUGGGCUAGCGCUCACUGGCUUCUCCUGGGAAAUGCCUACCACACGUACCCUGAGCAGUGUCCUUGCUUUCUAAAGAGUGGCUUUUCACUAAUGAUUUAAAAGAGUUUGUGCUGGGGAGGAGAGAAUGCUAAUAAAAAGUUUGUUGAAAGGA